GUUGCUGUUGGCAGACGAAAGCAUCUGAAUGUGUUUGGAAAUGACUACAGCACACCUGAUGGAACAGAGACUACAUUACAUGUUGUGGACUUAGCAAAGGGACACAUAGCUGCACUAAGAAAACUAAACGAAAGCUGUGGAUGUAAGGUUUAUAACCUGGGCACGGGUACAGGCUACUCAGUGUUAGAGAUGGUGAAAGCCAUGGAAAAGGCCUCAGGUCGACAGAUUGCCUAUCAAAUUGCUCCUCGGCGGAGUGGUGAUGUGGCUUCUUGCUAUGCAGAUCCCAGUCUGGCAGAGAAAGAGCUGGGCUGGAAAGCUGAAUAUGGCCUGGGAAGAAUGUGUGAGGAUCUAUGGCGCUGGCAAUCCCAGAAUCCCACAGGAUUCAGUAAUGGAACAGUGCCCUGAACCUGGAUGAUUCAAAGCCCAGGAAUGAGGGCUGAAUGACAAAGAUUUGGGCAAAAUGAAGUCUCUACAUUUUUUUUAUAUAUAAUUUAAUCUAGAUUUAUUAUACUAUUAACAAACCUGAAGCCAAAAUGACAGAUUUGUUUCCAGCCAGUAAAAUAUUUGCCUCUUUAUUUUCUAAUUUACUUUGUCACUUACUUUAGUUUCAUAUAUGAUUGUAAACUGAAUGGAUUAUUUCUAAUCUAAAAUUAUUUAUACUG